CAACCUAUUAAUUACUCAGAGAUCAUAACAGUAUAUAAAUUAUUGGAUAAUAAACUACAAGCGCAAUUGCUUGAAUUGCUUGGGCAUGUGGUGCUUCAUUCUGGUACAAAUGAAGUAGAAUUUGAUAACAAAAACAUCAUAGAGUCCAAAAAAUUACAGUUAGAUAUUCUAGAAAAUAUCCUAGAUAACAUGGAAACUAACCAUAUAUAUGCAACUGUUUAUAAUACUAAAUGUAUUCAUGAAAUUUUUUCUGUUCAUAAAGUAGAACGAGAUCUUUCUAAAGAAAUUAAAUGCCUCGAUUUUAGUAUGUGCUGUCUUGGAAUUUGUGCAUUUAGAUGUCAAGACACGGACGAUAUUAAAUUCGUAAUUAUUGCCGGACUUCACUUUUGUUGUGUUGAUGGACAGAAAUGGGAACCAUAUACUUAUAUAUUUGAUAUAGAUGAGGGAAAACAGAUACAUUAUCUAAAAAAAUCAUUAGAAGUUCACUUGAGCAUUAUCAAUGCUAAACAAGAACGUAAUGAUCAUUCAACAUAUAAAGGUGAAAAAUGA